AUGUUAAAUCGGAAGAAAGAAAUUUUCAAAACUCCACCAAAUCCAUCAAUAUCAACUUCAAAAAUUCAUAAUCAACAAAAAUUAUUUGAAACUCCAGGAUCAUCAAUUAAUAAUAAUCAUAAUAAUUCAUCACUGUUUUUCAACCUAGAUAAAACUUCAAAUAAUUUAAUAAAUAAAAGUGAUGAUUCUUUACCAAAUCAACCAGAUUUAUAUUUAACACCAAUUGAAAAAUUAAGAUUAUGGAGACAUGAUGCCAUAAUGCAACAUCAAUACAAAACAGCUGAAUUUUUAGGUGAUAAAAUUUUAGAUUUAACAAAUGAUUCAAAUGAUGCAUUUUGGUUAGCUCAAGUAUUUUUUAAUCAAGGAAAUUUUUUAAGAUGUAAAGAAUUAAUACUUUCAAAUGAAGAAUUUUCUUCAAGUAUUAUAUGUAGAUAUUUGGCAGGAUUUAGUUUAAUAAAAUUAGAAAUGUAUGAUGAAGCAUUAGAUAUAAUUGGAGAAAUUAAUCCAUUUGAAUCAAUUGAUAAAAUUAAAAAUGAUGAUGGAGGUGUAAAAUUAGAAUCUUCAAUGUGUUAUCUUCGUGGAUUAAUUUAUUCUGCUCAAAAUAAUUUUGAAAGAGCAAAAGAAUGUUAUAAAGAAGCAUUAUUAGUAGAUGUUAAAUGUUAUGAAGCAUUUAAUGAGUUAAUAUCAAAUAAUUUUAUGACCCCCAAGGAAGAAUGGGAAUUUGUAACAACCCAAUUAAAUUUUAGAGAAAUGGAUAAUAAUGAUGAAUUAAUAAAACUACUUUACACAACAAAAUUAAAUAAAUAUUUAAAUAUUGAUAAAUUUAAUGAAGCUGAAAUGAUUUUAAAAGAUGAAUAUGAUUUAAAUAAUAAUAUAGAUUUAUUAAUUAGUCAACUGGAUUAUUUAUAUAUUCAAUGUGAAUUUGAUGAUUGUUUAUUAGUUUGUGAAAAAGUUUUUCAAAAAGAUAAAUAUAAUUUUGAUAUACUACCUAAUUAUUUAAGUUGUUUAUAUGAACUAGGUGGUAGAAAUAAAUUAUUUUAUAAAAGUCAUCAAUUAGUUGAACAUCAUCCAAAUCUGGCAUAUACUUGGUUAGCUAUUGGAACAUAUUAUUUAUCAAUAAAUAAAAUUAUAGAGGCUAGGAAAUUUUUUAAUAAAGCUACUAUAAUGAACCCCAAUUUUGGGCAAGCUUGGAUUGGAUUUGCACAUACUUUUGCAGCAGAAGGUGAACAUGAACAAGCAAUAUCAGCAUAUGCUUUUGCUUCAAGAUUAUUUCCUGGUACUCAUUUACCUAAUUUAUUUUUAGGUAUGCAACAUUUACAAAUGAAUAAUUUAAAUUUAUCAGAAGAAUAUUUAAUGUUAUCUUAUGAAAUUUGUAAUGAAGAUCCUUUAUUAUUAAAUGAAAUUGGAGUAUUAUAUUUUCAUAAAAAUCAAUUUGAAAAAGCAGAAUUUUUUUUACAUCAAGCUUUAAUAAAAUCUCAAAAUUUAAUUAAUUUAAAUUCAAAAACUUGGAUAUCAAUAAAUACAAAUUUAGGUCAUGUAUAUAGAAAAUCAAAUCAACCUUAUAAAGCUUUAGAUUGUUUAAAUUCAAUUUUAUCAAAAUCUUCAUCUGCUUCAUAUACAACUAUAAAAAAUGAUUCAAAUAUUUUAACAUCAAUUGGAUUAAUAAAUUUAAAAUUGGGCAAUUGUUUUGAAGCUAUUGAAAAUUUUAAUGAUUCUUUAGCUUUACAACCUUUAGAUCCAAUAACAAAUGAUUUAUUAAAAAGAGCUUUAGAAAUUAAUAAGUUAAAUAGUUCUCAAUUUCUAAGUAAAUUUGAAAAAAUUGCAUUAGAUAGUUUAGUUUAG